AAAAAACGAAACUGAUAAGUGAAGGAUUCUGAACAAAAGAGACAAAUGGGCGAUUGAGAGGAGAAGCGGCCUUGUUUUGGGGGAAAUGACUGAGUAUAAGACGAAGGAACUCUUAGUAGUAGAUGGCAAGAAGAAACAUUUUGUGAUUGAUUGGGCUUCAGUCAUGGACAAGGAGCAAGCAGACCAAGUUCCCGAAUUGGAGAUUGUUACCAACACCAAACCUCCGCCGCCGCCGCCAACGUUUCUCUCCGGCGAUCAGAUUGAUUCUCAGAAAUCCCUAACCGAUCGUGCCCUAAACGAGCAGCUGGAGCGUAACAAAUCCCACCUCGUGACAUUAGGUCCGGGUUUACCAGACAAGGGUGAGAGAAUCCGACUCAAAAUCGCCAGCCUCGAGGAGGAGAAGCAGCGUAGGGUUUUACAGCGCUCGCAAAUGGAUGUGGAUAGGAGUUUGAAGACCAUGCAAUCCACAAGCUCAGGUUCAGAUGCCUUAACACAAAGACAUGCAGCCUCAAAUGACACCUCUAGACAAGGGAAUACAGACUCAAAAGACACCUCUAGACAAAGGAAUACAGACUCAAAAGACACCUCUAGACAAGGGAGUGCAGACUCAAAAGAAGUCUCACGGUCAACAUUUGCUGCGUUUUUUACUAAACCGAAGGCGGAUACUCAGUCAAAGAAUGCAUUUGGUAAAGAACUAGAAGAUUUGGGAUGUGGAAGUCAGUCAAAGAAAGCAUUUGGUAAAGAACGAGUAGAUUUGGGAUGCGGAAGUCGGUCAAAGAAAGCAGUUGGUAAAGAACGAGAAGAUUCGGGAUGUGAAAGUAGGAAACACAAGGCUGAUAGAAGGCCCGUAACAAGGCUGAGCAGCGGGUGGCGGAUGUUGCCAGAUAUAGGGAAAGCUGAGAACAGUGAAAAGCAGUUUAGUUCUGGAUUGAAAGGAUCAAGAAGGAAUCAGAAAUCCAAGGACUCUUCCUCAUAUUCUCUAGUUGAUGAUGAUGACAACGACCACAUUGGCCAUGAAACUCCUAGAGAUUGGUCUUGGGAAGAAUAUCCAUCACAUGGUUCAAAGCGCCGUAAGCAAUCAGAUGAUACAGUGAUAAACGUGGAUGAAGAAGAACCCCGAACUCCAACGGUGGAGGAGCAAGCGGUUGAACUGCCUGAAGGCUUACAGGAAGAUAUAUGCUACCCAUCAAGGGACGAUCCAAACUUUGUUCAAGUUUGUCUUAAAGAUCUUGAAUGCCUUGCGCCUCGAGAAUUUCUAACAUCGCCUGUUAUGAAUUUCUACAUCAGGUUCUUGCAGCAGCAGAUAUCAUCAUCGAAUCAAAUCUCUGCUGAUUGUCAUUUCUUCAAUACCUAUUUCUACAAGAAGCUCAGUGACGCUGUUACAUACAAGGGGAAUGACAAGGCUGCCUUUUUUGUGAAGUUCAGGCGGUGGUGGAAGGGGAUUGAUUUAUUCCGUAAGGCUUAUAUUUUUAUUCCAAUACAUGAAGAUCUCCACUGGAGCCUUGUGAUAGUUUGCAUCCCAGAUAAGAAAGAUGAAACGGGAAUUACUAUACUUCACCUGGAUUCGUUAGGACUUCACUCGAGAAGAUCAAUUGUUGAAAAUGUAAAAAGGUUUCUUAAAGACGAGUGGCAUUAUUUGAAUCAAGAUGGUAAUUUAUCGGAUCUACCUAUCUCAGAAAAAGUAUGGAAAAACCUCCCCCGUAGGAUCAGCGAAGCUGAUAUACAGGUUCCGCAACAGAAGAAUGACUUCGACUGUGGUCCGUUUGUUCUCUUCUUCAUUAAGCGGUUCAUCGAAGAGGCACCUCAAAGGUUGGAAAGGAAAGACCUGGGAAUGUUCGACAAGAAGUGGUUUAGACCUGAUGAAGCCUCUGCUCUGAGAAUCAAAAUCCGAAACACACUCAUUGAGCUAUUCCGUGUCAGUGACCAGACAGACCAAACCAGUACAGAUAAUGCAGCAACAUCCAAAUCAAGACAUUGCUCAUCGCUCUAACUUGAGCUUUUUUGUUGUAUAGACGUUAAGGCAAAAGUACUAUUAUUGGGGCCAAAAGUUAAACUAAAAAGAAAUAGCCAUAAGUUCGUAUAGGUUCAAGUUGUAAUGCGCUUUACAUAUUCUAAUUUAUUACACCUUGGACC